AUAGUGAUUAAUUUAUCAAUUUGUGUAAUUUAUUAUUUAUUUUUAUUUUUAUUUAGAGUAAUUAUAUUUUUAAAAGGUUCUUAUUGUUUAAUAAAUGAAAUAAGAUAUUUUUAUGAAUUAGAAUUAAUAUCUGUAAAUUCCUCAAUAAUUGUAAUAACUAUUUUGAUUGAUUGAAUAUCCUGUUUUUUUUUAUCAUUUGUUAGAUUAAUUUCUUGUUUAGUAAUUUUAUAUAGAAAAGAAUAUAUAAAUAAUGAUAAAAAUAUAAAUCGAUUUAUUAUGUUAAUUUUAAUAUUUGUAUUUUCAAUAUUUUUAUUAAUUAUUAGUCCAAAUUUAAUCAGAAUUUUAUUAGGAUGAGAUGGUUUAGGAUUAGUAUCUUAUUGUUUAGUAAUUUAUUAUCAAAAUAUUAAAUCUUUUAAUGCAGGUAUAUUAACAUUUUUAUCUAAUCGAAUUGGUGAUGUAUUAAUUUUAUUAUCAAUUGCUUGAAUAUUAAAUUUUGGUUCAUGAAAUUAUAUCUUUUAUUUAGAUAUUAUAAAAAAUGAUUUUUAUUUAAAAAUUAUUGGUUCAAUAUUAAUUUUAGCAGCUAUAACUAAAAGAGCUCAGAUUCCAUUUUCUGCUUGAUUACCAGCUGCAAUAGCAGCACCUACUCCUGUUUCUGCUUUAGUUCAUUCAUCAACAUUAGUAACAGCAGGAGUUUAUUUAUUAAUUCGAUUUAAUAAUUUAUUAAUACAUUUAUUUUCUAGAAAAAUUUUAUUAUUAAUUAGAAUAUUAACUAUAUUUAUAGCAGGAUUAGGGGCAAAUUUUGAAUUUGAUUUAAAAAAAAUUAUUGCUCUUUCUACUUUAAGACAAUUAGGAUUAAUAAUAAGAACUUUAGCAAUAAGAUUAACUUAUUUAGCAUUUUUUCAUUUAUUAACACAUGCUUUAUUUAAAGCUUUAUUAUUUAUAUGUGCAGGAAUAAUUAUUCAUAAUAUAAAAAAUUUUCAAGAUAUUCGUUAUAUAGGUUCUUUAAUUUUACAAAUGCCAAUAACUAUUAUAAACUUUAAUAUUGCUAAUUUAGCUUUAUGUGGAAUACCUUUUCUUUCUGGAUUUUAUUCAAAAGAUUUAAUUUUAGAAAUAGUAGUUUUUAAUAAUAGAAUUAAUAUUUUGUCUUAUUUUUUAUUUUAUUUUUCUACAGGUUUAACUGUUUGUUAUAGAUUUCGUUUGAUUUAUUAUACAUUAUAUUCUAAUUUUAAUAGAUGAACUUAUCAUUAUUUAAAUGACAAUUCUAUUACAAUAAUUUUUAGAAUAAUAGGUUUAUUAAUUAUAACAAUUAUUGGAGGAUGUAUUUUAAGUUGAAUAAUUUUCCCAAUUCCUUAUUUUAUUAUUUUACCUUUAUACUUAAAAUUAAUAACUUUAAUAGUUUGUGUAUUAGGGGGGAUUAUAGGAACAAUUUUAUCAAAAUGAAUAAUUUUUUUAAAAUCAAAAAUUAUAAAAUUUAAAUUUUCUGUAAUAUUUUUUGGUUCAAUAUGAUUUUUACCUUUUAUUGUUACAGUAAAUAUUACUAAAUACCCUUUAUUUAUAAGAGAAAUAUAUACAAAAUCUUCUGAUUAUGGUUGAUUAGAAACAUUUAUAGUAAAAAAUCUUUUUUAUAGAUUUUUACAUAUUUCAUCUUUUUUACAAGUUUUAAUAAAAAAUAAUUUAAAAUUUUAUUUUAUAGUAUUUUUUAGUUGAUUAAUUUUUUAUUUUUUUAUAAUAUUUU